ACAGAUUGGUGAUGGGUCAUUUGGUCGCUGUGAAAAUCAUGAAAAAGAAAUAUUCAACAAUUGAACAAUGUGCUGGGCAAUUCGAGCCUCGGCUGCUUGAGUUAGUUUCACCGCAUGUAAACAUUGUACAGAUAUUCGAUAGCUUUCUUUCACCUGUCAAUUGCGAUCUUUCCUUCAUUAUGGAAUAUAUGGAUGGUGGCAAUCUAUAUCAGCUGAUGAGGGAAAGGAAAGAACUCCAUUUACCGUUUAGUCAGCAGGAGAUACGAAGCAUAUUGUGAGUAACGACUAUGUCAAUUUUAAUUUACGUUUUACCCUAGGAUGGCUGUAUUCAUAUUGCAUGAUCUUUACCUUUUUAAAUUUUUUCUUUUUUCUUUCUGACUUGAAAAAACAAAAAAAAAAAAGGUAUCAAACGUUAUCUGCUGUAUCACAUAUACAUCAUCAUAAUGUAUUUCACAGAGAUAUGAAGCCUGAAAAUCUGUUAUUGGAUUACUCUUCUGGGAAACCGAUCAUUAAGCUUGCAGAUUUCGGUUUAGCAAAAGAAUUGCGUAGCUCACCUCCUUAUACAGAAUACGUCAGCACAAGGUGGUAUAGAGCUCCUGAAGUCCUCUUACGCUCCACAGAAUAUUCUGCACCUGUUGAUCUAUGGGCUGUUGGGGCUAUCUUUGCCGAACUUAUCAACUUGGAACCGCUCUUUCCUGGUGAGUCUGAGAUCGAUCAGAUUUAUCGUAUUUGCGACAUAUUGGGAAGUCCAGGAAACAAAUUAGUAGCUCAACAACAUAAGAAGAUGGAAAAGCGGGCAAAUGACAAACGCUUAAGCCCUGGUUUUGCACGAAAAAAGACCAAAGACUUGACUCUUGCAGAGCUAAGUUUUUUGAAUACCAACAUCGCGUCGACUACUUCUACUUUGAAUGCCCAUGACGGCGGUGGUGAAUGGAAAGAAGGUGUCAAAUUAGCGUUUAAAAUUGGCUUCAGGUUCCCUUCAGUGAAACCAAAGCCAUUGCAGCAGGUAAUACCAAAUGCUACAGAGUCUAUGCUGGACUUGAUCAAGCAUUUUCUUUGUUUCAAUCCUAGUUUUCGUUGGACGGCAGACUAUGCCCUAAGACAUCGGUUCUUUACCUCUGAGACUGAAGAAGAAUCACAUACAGUCAUUCAACUCAACACACCUAUGGAACCUAUUACACCACCUGAUGACGGUAAUAGAACGAAUGAUAAUAGCAGACUGAACACGCCAACAGGUAUACUAAGCUCUACCAGAACUAUCCUUACCCCGAAAAGUCUGUUGUCUAUGCCUCAGUCAUCCUAUCAGUUUUGCUCACACUGGACUGAUAGUCAUCCCGAAGAUCAUUAUCGGCCCAUCUCCCGCGAUGGCAGAACAAACGCAAUCUCUACCACAACAACAAUGCACAAUACUCAUACAGACAGUAUAUUACAUGGUCAAAGAAGUAGCCAUAGCAGAAAUAGCAAAAACGCAUGGUUGAUUCAUAACAGACCCAUUUAUAGCUCUCAUCAAAAAGUGCACCCUAUUUCAAACACUCCAGCAACUUCAAACAACUACGAUCAUGCUUCCUAUUAUCAACUGCAGUUCCAGCCUCAAUCAUUGGACAUUUGCCGACUGGAUACCCCUUCAGAUAGUGAGCAGCAUCAUAAAGGCUCUAUGGAACUUUCUACCAAACGUAAUUCGGAAUUAGCGAUUGAUUCAAAUGCACCUUACUGUAGCGGGAACUGUCUCAAGCCGAACGAUAUGGCGCACUACGGGUGCCAACAACGCUGUCAGGCACAAACAAUACGAUGGACACCGCCUCACUUCAUAAAACAUCCACGUUAUAAUGAUGAUCCGGAAGCCAAAGAAAAUGACGCGGCUAUCACUCGCCAUGAAAGCAGACGUUCAGCAAGACGUUUCUUUUAUAUAUCGGCAAUGAUGGAUACUACUGCAACGAGCGACUCAGUCAGUUCCACCCGAUCUAUGACUGUUGGGCCAUCAAAAAAGCUUUGGUCAUUAUCUUCAUGUUCUAGGUCUCUUCCAUCAGCCAUUCAUCUUCAUGCCACGUCAAUCACUACGGCUGCUACUGCUACACCCACCAGAUUCAAGGUUUGGCUUCCGGUAAAUGAAGCAAACGAGGAUAACGAUACAGAAGAUGACGAACAGAAUUGCACAGAUGAUGCUUUGGAAAGCAAUUGGGUCCCUGUAUUGUAGUAGAGAUAGAAGCGAAAGGAGAGAAUAUGGCAACAAGAAAGAUUAUUGUUGCUGCCAAUCUUCGUGUAAAAGAUUAAAGAAGGAUCAGACGCGACACGUCAUUUUAAUCUAUUGACGUUCAUGCAUUGAUCUAUGAUUACAGCCGGCGGUCAUUCUGCUGGAUUUAGUCUAGUGACGUCAGUUUUAUAUACCAUUAUAGUUGUAUCAUGCUGCUUUGAUUUACGCUUUUGCCCCCCCCCUAUACAUUAUACCAUUUAUUAGCAUAUACUCCUAAAUAAAAUUUUCUUCUGCCUAAUGUAUGCAGCAACCUAACAUUAACAUCAAAUACUGA